ACAAGUCUUCUAGCUUCUCUAAUCUCGCAAUCGAUGAUUUCUAUUGCUUUUGCUGUGCAAGAGCAUAUAAUGGACCAAAAGCGCGGGCCGCGCUUGCGUGGUAUUGGUAAGCCCGAACUACUCGAACCAUCUCAUUUGCAAAGCAGCGGCCUAGAAAACGAAUCGAAACGUCUUGGAGACCAAACCGAGCAUGAUAUCGAUCAGCAACUUAACCAACUGAGCGAUUACCAGGGGGGAGACAGCAGUGCUGAGAAAGAAAAUAAGCGGGAAUUGUCAACCCAAGACGAGAACACGGCCGGCCACAAGGAUAUUAAAGUCGGCAGAUACGGCGACGCUGCCUAUGAGAACAUACAGUUUUACGAAGAGGGCGAGAGCGAUGACGCUUUAUCGAUGGCUGGGUAUACAGAUGGAGAAUCUGAUGAUAGUGGCGAGAGCGACGAGGAUGUAGGCUACGACGAGAAUGAGAAUGGAAACAGUCGUAUCUGGAUGCCUCCAGAUCUUCUUCGAUCUUCUGAAGAGAGGCUUCUAGAGGAUAAUGUGUCCCCGCUUUCCUCACCCUCCUCACCUCCCUUGAUACUCGCACCGCGCCCCAUACGCCCUGAAUCUGCGAUGGGGGAUUAUUUCGACGACCAUCCGCCCGCUCAGAUUCAGGAUGAGGUCCUACCAGAGAACCCUCGCGACAACUACGCAGCCGACACGCCCGCACCUUCCACGAUGGGAUCGCCGCCUACCCCAACAAAUCGCGGUUCCAAACCCACCACGUUCAUGACGACAUCUGCAGACCCAACUCUAUUCAACACCACACGCUUUGCCUCGCGGCAGAGGCUAACCGGCUUGCACCGUGAAACGUACCAACGAAGCAUCUCCAUCCGCACGAGCGCCUUCUCACUACCUUAUCUGGUCGACAUCCCCGAAGCAAUGCUAACAUUCUACUGUGGCAAAUACAAUGUCCGAGCGUUGAUCAAAAACUACACUCUCACUCCUCCCUCACCAUCGUUCCUCCCGUCUCCAACAUCCGAAACAGAGCCCGAGAGUCCUGCGGAAAUGACAACGGACCUCCUCAUACCCGCAACUCGCGCGACGCCCGCCUCACUCCAGCGCAUCGUUCGAUACAUGCGCCGCAGUACAAUGCCAGGUGUCAAAGGCACGCAGCCGCUCUACGAGUUCCACAUCCCAGCCAGCAUCGACAUGACCAUUGACACAAUCCGCAGCUUACGGUUGCUUGGACUUGAAGCCGACGCUUUGAGACUUCAGCGUUUACUCGUAUUCCAGACGAUCUCUCAGCCGGCAAGAGCGUUGACAAUGGAUGAUAUGGAGAUUAUCUGGAUGCGGUAUGGACAGGUGCUUCGAGAGACACCUGUGGGGGAUGCGCUGGUGUGCUGGAUCUUGUAUGAGGGCCUGGGUGUUGGGGACGGGACAAGAGGUAGUGUAGGGGAAGUAGACGAAGAGGUUUUGAUGGUGCUCGAAGAGAAGGGAUUCGAGGAGCUGAGAGAGAUGGUUCGUGGAGAAAUUACUCGGCGGAAGUGGAGAGAAGAAGUCAGGAAAGAAUUUCUGGAGCGCCGGGCCGAGGAGAGAAGGUGUGUGAGAGAACUGAACAAAAUGGGCGUGCCAUGGGGGAAGAGCAGCCGGAAUAAGAAAGUUGGACAACUUCUUGGGGUGGAUGUGGGCGAGUUGGAGGAUAUGAGAUGGUCGAUGGGAUGGGCGGUUGAGGAGCGAUCUGCCGCUGGAACUUUCCCCACGAGCAGCAAGUUGGACAGGAGCGGCUCACACACAACGGAUACACACGAUAAACCGAAGGCAACGGUUGGCUUUCGACCAGGACAGACACCAAAUCGGCACAUGUAUAGCCAGCCAGCAGUCGUCAACGGUCCAUCAACAAUGGAUUCGCCCAGGCAGUCCGUCCACCAGCAUCUCCCAGCAAAAAUUCUUCUCAACAAGCCUCUGCCUCAGAUUCCGUCCCCGUCGACUCAGGAUGAAACGGUUGAAACUCGAAUACGGAGUGGAAUAUUUCGAAAGAGGAUUCCUCGUCCUCCAGCACCGGCCGCCAAUUCCGCAACUACUCGCACGUCGAAUUCUAAUGAGACAUGUGGGAGCUGUAGUCGUUCAUCUUGA